UGCCCUUGGCCUCGACCACCAUCUCUCCUCUGUCAACCUUCUUCGUACUACCACAUCUACAACUGUUCAUUCAACCCCUCAGUCGUCGUCCUCUCCCUCGACGCUUCAUAUAACCCUUCUGCACAUUCACACGACCCACCUCACUCACACCACCACCACAAUGGCCGCCCCUCACCACGAAGACGACGAGCUUGCCCCCACCGCGACUGAGGGAUACAAGGUCGGACAGGCCAAGACGGUCGCCGAGCUCGCAAACCUCGACAAGGAGGACGAGUCGUUGCAGCGCUGGAAGGCGUCGCUCGGUCUCGGCACGUCGGGCGGCGGCGGACAGAAGAAGGUGAUCCUCAAGACGCUGUUCCUGCGGUCGACUACCCGCAAGCAGGGCGACGUGGUGCUCGACCUGACGCAGAGCCCCGCCGAGCUCGCCCAGCUCAAGAAGGCGCCCAUCACGAUCAAGGAGGGUGUCGACUACAGUGUCGGAAUCACGUUCAGCGUCGAGGGCGAGAUCGUCUCGGGCCUCCGAUACAUCCAGGUCGUGAAGCGUACCGGCAUCACUGUCGACCGCAUCGAGCACAUGCUCGGCUCGUACGGCCCCCAGCCCGAGCCUUACACAAAGGUGUUUGCCGGCGAGGAGUCCCCCUCAGGCAUGUUAGCCCGCUCUGGCUCGUACAACGUCCGCUCGCGUGUCGUUGACGACGACGGUGCCGUCUGGCUCGACGUCGAGUGGGGCUUCAAGCUCGGCAAGGAGUGGUAG